AUGUCAAAGUACCAGCGAUGGCGCCUCAUUACUGAUUUACAUCGUCAUUUCUGGACCAGAUGGAAGAACGAAUACCUCAGUAGUCUUCAACUUCGUAGAAAAUGGACAGAACCAGGUCAAAACUUGAGCGUUGGCGAGCUUGUCCUCGUGAAAGAAGCGACGCAUCCUCUUCAGUGGCGGAUUGGACGAAUACGUGAACUCCAUCCUGGCUCCGAUGGGACUUCCAGAGUGGCCACUUUAGAAACUACUUCUGGACCAUUGACACGCCCAGCUGUCAAGCUCUGUCCACUCCCAAUGUCUUGA